AUGGCUGGGCAUUAUGUGUUUCAUUUACUUUGGUUACUAAUAGUUGUUUGUUCAGCUGAAGGGAGGUGUAAUUUUCCGCCCAGUCUUUGGUGUUCAUCUGAGGAAAUAGCUGCUUCAUGUCAGGUCGUUCAACAGUGUAGGGCAUACAGGACAAGGAUAACAGACAGCACAGUGCCACCUGUGGAUUUUACACUUUACUAUGAAACUCUGUGUCCCGAUUGUCAGAACUUCUACCAGAAACAGCUCUACCCUACAUACAAAGCUGUUGGAGCCAUUAUGAAUAUAACAUUGGUACCAUUUGGCAAUGCUCACGAGAAAAAGUCGUCAGCUGGAAAGUGGCAGUUCCAAUGUCAGCAUGGAGAACAGGAAUGUAUAGGUAAUAUUAUAGAUGCGUGUACCAUCAAUAUCGUGAAAAACUUCACUGUAUAUUUUCCAUUCAUUUACUGUAUGGAGGAAAAGUUGUAUAAGGAAGAUAUCAAACCGCGACAAGCAGCUGAAAAGUGUGCAAAGCAGUUUCAACUGAAGGAAAUAGACAGUAUCUUGUCGUGUUCUGAGAGUGACACCGGAAUUGAGUAUGAACACCAGAUGGCAUUGAAAACUAAUGCUUUACAGCCACCGCACACGUUUGUUCCUUGGGUGGAGCUUAAUGGGGUCCAUACUGAUAAAAUACAGGCAGCUGCAGAAAAAGAUUUAACUGGCCUCAUUUGCGAAACAUAUAUGGGCACCAAGCCUGCAGCUUGUGAGAAAGUCCUCAGGUACAUACACAGAGUAUAGCUGGCUCAUACAGCGGCUGUGGUGACAGUGAUGCAUCUUAUGUGAAAAAGCCACCAGUUUUCUGAUUAAACAAUCAGGUGAAUUUCAUGUUCACUUUGGUGGCCAUUUCUGAUAUGGAUCAAGGAAUUAUACAAGAAAACUCAGAAUUCCCACAGAAAUCCCUGUCUUUGUACAGAAAUCCCUGUCUUAGAACAGAAACCCUUUAUUUAGUAUAGAAACCCUUGGUUUAGUACAAAAAAACUGAUUUAGUACAGAAACCUCUCUCUUGGUACUGACUACAGAAACCACUGGCCUAGUGCAGAAACCUGUGUUUUAGUAUAGAAACCCUUGAUUUAGUUCAGAAAUCUCAGAUCUAGCACAAAAAGUUUUAUUAUUGUAUAACACUAACGUAUAUAUCCAACAAUAACUCCAGGCUGCAAAAAUGUUACCUUUGACUCUAAGGGGUGGGCUUAUUACAGGAAAAUGAUAUAACAUUUGUUUGUAUUUUAAGAAAAUAGUAUAGAUGUUAUCAUUCAGCCAUGGGCUUAUUGAGGGAUAACUACAGUUACUUUAGUGAUUUUUUUUAUUAAAACACAUGUUGCACUUAUAUUACAACUUAGAUUUCUUGCACAGUAAAGAAAAUAUUUUCUGUAGCAUGUCCCAAUUAUCCAUAAGAUAUUCCAAAGGAGCUGGUUACCAAUGAUAUGAUUUUAUCCCCAAAGUGAACAUUGUGAUUUAAUUGUUCAUAUCAUGUAAUUAGACAAUUUGCCAUUAUAUGAUCAUGUCAAAAAUUUCCAGCUGUCUAUCAGUACAACUUCCAAACAUCCUUUUUUGGGGAUGUCAUGGUGGUGUAAUGGUUAGGCACAGGAUAGGAGUAAAAAAUUGUCUACAUUACAUUACACGUUUAUAUAUAUAGAAAUCUAUCAUUUAUUCUGUUGAUAAUCAACUCUGAACUUUGUGUAGAAUAUUAUUCAUUCAUUUAAUGAGACUAAUAUGUACAUUCUUUAAGAGUUUUUAAGAAUCAAUUAGAUGGAAUGCAGUUAAAUGUUGUAAUAUUCAAUUAUUUCAGACUUGGAACAAAAGUAUUUAACUCAUAUUUUAUCAUAAUGUGUAGUGUAAGGAUAUAAUUGAUUAAUUCAGUCUAAUUUCACUGUUCACACUCGUAGAAAGAAGAAAAUUCUCAUGAAUACAAAAUGCAUUAACAGAUAUCUAGAUUUUUGUAAUUCUUACUAAUUUAAUACCUAUUUGAAGUUUAAAAAAUAUCUGGAAUUCGUUAUUCUAUUUGUGAUGUACAAUUAAAGUUAUUUUCACACAUUGAAAUUUGAAUUCUUUUAAUAAAAUAAUCAAUACCUUUUUGUGGUAACAAAUGCUGAGUCUCGGAGUGAGGUUUUGUAAAAUGGACAUAACGUACCUGGUAUGAUUGUAUGUAUGGGAUUGGAGUUAAGGAUGGUUGUGUUCUUAAUUUUUACUUAAGAGAUGGAGAUGAUAUUUAUAGCAAGAGGCAUUUGAGUCGUUGCAUUUCUGUGUAAACUGACACAUGUAUCACAUAAUAUACAAAUUAAACUAUGUGAACUUUGAA